AUGGGUUCAAUCCCAACCGUGCCCGACAUCACAUCAGUGCACAUCGUUUUUCAACGACAUGCCGAAUCGGUUGCCGAGGUACCGACGAAUCUCGACUACCCGCCACUAGAGAGUCUGGAGGACCUGGAACACAUCGUCGAGAAGAGGAGAGAGACCGUGAGGACGAGUUUCUUCUUGCCGGAUGGCUUGACGAACGCGGGGGCGCAGACCUGCCUGGAUUACAACAAGGAUGUGCCCGGGAAGCUAGACAAUGUCUACUUGUUGGUCUCAUCACCAUGCACAAGGGCGAUAGAGACCAUUCAAGGUCUGUGCCCAUCCUUCCAGCUCGUGGGCCCCUUCCAUGCCCCUCAGGGCGAGCCCCCUAUGAACCCCAGGGUACCAGAGCUUGAGAAGAGCAUCUACAUCCAUCCCGGCCUUAUGGAAGCGUCGACAAGACCAUCGGACAUACCCGGAAUACCGACUGUUCGCGAGAACGCCCCUUCGCGACAGUCGGUAACAUUUUUGAGACUCAAGGGCGGCACGGAUGAAGAUGCUCUUACCAUUCUCAAUGAGCAGGAGGUGGAUAUUACCCGGAUGGUUUGGCCAGAGGGUGUUGAGAACAGAUGGCAGACGGAUGAAGAUCGGACCUGUGCUGUUACCGACAUCCCGGAUCUUGCCAGCAUUGACCAGGCAGUGAAGGAGGCUCGGAUCUGGCUCCGGGAGUGGGCCGCCAAAGUCCUGUCGGUUCAUCAAGCACAAGGGAGGCAUGACACCCCACGGAUUGUAGUCUGCACUCACGGCGGCAUACUCAACUUUGUCACCCAGGAGUGGCGAACCCAACUGGAGCAAAGGCCUUCAGAUGGGAAGUGGGAGCUUCGAUCUCCCACAGUACUCGACCACCUCGACGCAACGGUAUGGACCUUCGAGUCGGCAACGGAUGAGGAGGCGAUGUUGAAGGAGUUGCCCCAGUCCGAGGCAAGAUACUAUGCCCGCACACUCGGUCAAUACUACCACCAUCUUGGCGACGACCCCAGCCAACUUUACUUGGAUGUGGAUGGAUCAGUUGUCGACCAAAGGGCUCUCCAAUUCGAAGAGAUCCAGGAAAUAUCGGCAGAGGUGCGCGAUUUUGGAGAGAGGUGGUGGACGACGUUGAGGAUUCUCGCCAACUGGACGGGACUUGAAAACAGUCAAGCUGAGGAAGACUCACUGGAGUGGGUUUAA